AUGGGAUUGUUCCAGCAGCUGGUUUUUCUGCUGUUGAUCUUGUUGGCGCUGCGUUUGUGCCAUGCAACGCGGGAGUUCUCAGGUCUCAGUGACGCGCAGCGGGAGCUUAUGGAGCGUGACAUUGUCAUCAACUUGGAGAAGGCCCAGCAAAACUUGCAGAAGGCCGCGCCGGCGGUCUUCUCGGAUGAGGAUUGCAAGGCGCAGAUGAGCAACGUGCUGGGGAUUCUGGCCAGAGUCGAGACAUUCCUCCUCCAGGAUGAUUAUGCCGGGGCAAUCCAGCAGCUCUCGAUCGCAAAGAAAAUCCUUGGAGAGUGCAACACCGCGCUGGAAGCUAGUCACGUAAGAACUUUGCUUUGUACCUUUUUUACCAAGUCCGUUCGCUGUCAGGCACAUUUGAGUCAAGCGCUCUUGUAUCUCACGGGACAAGCGUUGACUCAUGUGGAUGCUGCCACAAAUCUUCUCAAUUCAUUGGUAGACAAAGACAAGCUCAAAGUUGGAUCCACCGAAGCUCCAUGCGAAGUUGACGGAACCGUUUGCCAGUUUUCUCCCUGCGGGCAAGGUAAAAACCUUCCAGUUUGUGCUCUUGGAUUUGCAGCUGGAGUUGUGGGAGGAGCAAAUGGCCUGGCCUACGUUGUCACGAAUCCACAAGACGAUGAUCCCAAAAUACCGGUGCCAGGAACUCUGAGAUAUGGGGUCUCUCUCGGGAACUCCGAUGGAAAUGGCGUGUGGAUAACUUUUGCCGGGAACAUGACCAUCUUCCUCCAGGAGAUGCUCUGGAUUCGAAGCAUGACAACCAUCGACGGGCGGGGCUUCAACGUAACAAUCACCGGAAGAAACUUGGUGCUCGGUGGCGUGAGCAAUGUCAUCUUACACAACCUCCAGAUUAGCUCGGUGGGCGAGAGUGAUACGAUCCACAUCUACGCCGGCUCCAAGAAGAUCUGGGUCGACCAUGUAUCCUCCUGGGACGCCAGGCUCGGCCUCGUCUCGGUGCUCCAAGGAUCCACAGACGUGACAAUCUCCAACUCGCUUCUCACAAAUCCAAACUUUAACAUGCUCCUCGGGGCAUCUGAUGCUGAUACUGAGGACAAGAUCAUGAAAGUCACGGUCUACAGAAAUUGGUUCAAAGAUUCAACGCAAAGAAUGCCACACUGCAGAUGGGGUUACUGUCACGUCGUCAACAAUCUAUACACCAACUGGGGCUACUACGCGAUAGGUGGAAGAGUGAACGCCAAGAUCUUAAGCGACAACAAUGUAUUUGUAGCUGGCCGGAGGAGCGAAGUCACGCCAUGGUUCAGUCUGCAUGGUCCCGAGUUCGACACCACCGCAACCAUCACGUCCUCCAACGAUCUCUUCCUCAAUGGGUCCACCUUUCACCAGUUCAUGGGUGUUGAGCCAAUGUCUCUGACCGAAGUCCCUCCCGCGUAUCCGACCCCGGACCACAAUCCUCCGAUUCACUCCACGAGCACACUGCCGCAAUUCUUGGAGCAAUGCGCAGGAGCAAUUUUUGGCGAUAGUCUCGCGAGAUGUAUGUUUGCUUCCUCCAAAGUUUAA